CCCGAACCGAGUCAAUCCAGUGUCUCGCCUCAUCUUGAACCCAUACAUUUGCUUUCUGGCAUGUCUAUGAUCAAGCGACGUUGAACUUUAUUGAGGCUAUCGUCACCAAUCUCACCAACCAUUGGCGACGGAGGCCACUCCGCCGGGGGGAGCUCCGUCAUUGCAAACUCUUGCAGAACACUCACCGCCGUGUCAUUGCCGGGAUAAGCUGCCUAUAUACAAAGCCUGUUUGCAAAGAGUGCUUGGGUGAGGUUCGAUUGUGAGUGCACGGCUACCCAGACGGGGGACACCAGAGCCCCGUUCACUGGCCGACGAAAUCAACAAAGCCAAGACCGAUCACACUCAACAUGGAGCAUCGCCAGUCUUGCUCCGAUAUGCUUCAGCCUCAUCCAUUUGCCAAUGGUUCCAUCUUCCUUCCUUUCGGUUCCGAUGGAGCGUCAAGACAGUCCGCUAUGCAAGCCAUUUGGUCAGGCGAAAUGAACCCACACCGGGAGUGGAGGAAGGCUAUAUCGGAUGAGACAUGGGGCCUUCCAUGGCGAGCAUUGCAACACUACACUGUAAUGCUCAUGACUUCGGCGUAUCCGUCGGCAUUGUACACUGAACAUUACCCCCAGGGUUUCUGAAAAUAGCCGUGGGUGAUGAGCCCUUGAUCAGAAGAUUAUAUGAUGUCAGCGAGUGCC